AGGCUUUCGGAGGGGCUGCGGCGGCGGCGGCGGCGGCGCGGGGGGCUCGGCCCGUGGGGCCCCAGGAGCAGCUGACCAUGGAGCGCCAGAAAAUCACACCAUCCUCAAAGCCUCAUCCACCUGUUGUGGGCAAAGUGACUCAUCACAGCAUUGAAUUAUACUGGGAUCUGGAGAAGAAAGUCAAGCAGCAGGGACCCCAGGAGCAGUGGUUCAGGUUUUCUAUUGAAGAAGAAGACCCCAGAAUGCGCACUUAUGGUAUCAUUUAUACGGGAUACGCGACUAAGCAUGUUGUGGAAGGUCUGGACCCACGGACCCUGUACAGGUUUCGACUGAAGGUCACCAGCCCCUCCGGAGAGCAUAAGUACAGCCCGGUGGUCUCGGUAUCUACGACCAGAGAACCCAUAAGCAGUGAACACUUGCAUAGAGCUGUCAACGUGAACGAUGAAGAUUUGCUGCUUCGAAUACUACAAGGAGGCAACGUGAAGGUUGAUGUUCCCAAUAAGUUUGGCUUUACCGCUCUGAUGGUCGCUGCCCAGAGAGGAUACACCAGGCUUGUGAAAAUCCUCGUUUCUAACGGCACAGAUGUGAAUCUGCAGAACGGAAGUGGCAAAGACAGUCUAAUGCUUGCGUGCUACGCAGGACACCUGGAUGUUGUGAAAUACCUCCGAAGACACGGUGCUUCCUGGGACACUAGAGACCUAGGAGGCUGUACAGCUCUGCACUGGGCUGCAGAUGGAGGCCACUGCAAUGUGAUUGAGUGGAUGAUAAAGGAUGGCUGUGAGGUGGACACCACGGACGUUGGCUCGGGGUGGACCCCGCUCAUGAGAGUCUCUGCGGUCUCGGGGAACCAGGAGGUCGCCUCUCUGCUGAUUGAUGCGGGCGCGGAUGUGAACAUGAAAGACAAAGACGGGAAGACCCCUCUCAUGGUGGCCGUGCUGAAUAACCAUGAAGAAUUAGUCCAGUUACUUCUUGACAAAGGGGCAGACGCAAGUGUGAAAAAUGAGUUUGGCAAAGGUGUCCUAGAAAUGGCCAGAGUUUUUGACAGAAAGGUUGGGAUGUUCUUUCUGCCCUUUGAGGCUCAUUUUGCAGCACUUAAAAAAAAACACACAAAAAAACCCUAACCUUGGAUUACAUGCACCUGUUUUUGUUUAUCUAGAAUGUAGUCUCCUUAUUAGAAGAAAUGAAAAAAAAGCAAAUGCCGAAGAAGUCAUCUAUUCGCUGACCGGGGCACCUCUUACCUCCCUCCGAAAGCCAAGUGAAACGAAGCAGAACGGGACUUGAACGAGAGAGAUGAAAUUCUGCACCUUUGAGGGCUAUACGUUUGAUUAAUUAUUUGGUGAAGAUUCACAGUACUUUUGUAACAUACAACUGUUCUCACUGUGAAAUACAUCCUUUUACCUCA